GACUUCCGCUCGAGUUUCAAAUAUGGCCACGUCUAGGUUGGAAAUCAAUUUUAUCCGCUUAUUAUCCCGGUGUGAGUCAAUUGCUUCGGAGAAAAGAGGGGAGACUGAAUGGCGACUGGAGAAGUAUGUGGGUGCUCUGGAGGAGAUGCUGGUGGCACUGAAGAAGAGUGCAAGCAAGCCUCCUCCAGAGACACUGACUGACUACACCCGCAAAGUAGGCUUCCUCAAAGGCCUAAUAGUGGCAGAGAAACUGUCCUCCCCUACAGAGAAAGCUUUAGCCAACCAGUUUCUGGCACCUGGCCGAACACCCACAAUCUCCAGUGAGAGAAUGCCAGCCACCAAGACGGUGCAUGUGCAGAGCAAAGCCCGGUGUACAGGGGAAAUGCGUUCGGAGCUGUUUGGAACGGUUUCCUCAAGUGCUGGUUUGCCUGAGACAGACUUGAGGCACAGAAGCAGGAGCAUCCCCGCCGACGAGAGGCAGAGCACGGCCGAGCUCGACGCUGUGCUUCAGCACCACCACAACCUGCAGGAGAAGCUCGCCGAGGAGAUGCUCGGCCUCGCCCGCAACCUGAAGAACAAUACGUUGGCCGCCCAGAACAUCAUCAAACAGGACAACCAGACUCUGAGUCAGUCCAUGCGACAGGCGGACGUGAACUUUGAGAAGCUCAGGACGGAGUCCGAGCGCCUGGAGCAGCAUGCGAAGAAAUCCGUGAACUGGUUCUUCUGGCUGAUGCUCAUAUUGGUCUCAUUCACCUUCAUCAGUAUGAUCCUUUUCAUCAGACUUUUCCCCAGACUCAGAUGAUUCUGUGUGUGUGUGUGUGUGUGUGUGUGUGUGUGUGUGUGUGUGUGUGUGUGUGUGUGAGAGCGCACGCACGCACAGACACCACUGACAGUUUAGAAGGAUUAAAGCUGCUGUCUGGGGUGAGAAUCUUUAAGCAGGAUUGGUGUCGUGAUGACUCGGCAUCUAAAUCUCAGAGUGUCUCACUAACAUUUCACUGGCCUCUAAUGGCGAACAUGGCUUCGCUGACUACCAGUCAAGGUUACUACAUUACGCUGAGGUACAGUCACGCUAAUUCAGUUCCUUCAUGUCCAGCUGCUAAUUCGUUCAACUCUUGACAUAUAUGAAUACCCCCCCCCCCCCCCCCUUGUAUGUCUUCUGGAGUGUUCCGGCAUCAGGCUGUGUUCAUUGUAACGAGGAACUCACUACUGCAACGAUCUGUUACAGCUUUUAGAGCUGCACCUAGAUGCUUUUCAUGAAGAAGAUGUUUGUAUUUUUUAAUGAUUCAUGCCAACAGACGUUCUGGUUCCAGUAUUUAUGUAGUUGAUCUUCUGCUUACUGCAUUUACUGCUUCACUUUUGUCCUGUGGAGAAAUGUGCUUGGUCAUAUUUUCAUUAACGACAACUUUAAUUAGCAUUACGCUGCGGAUAUUCCAACUUGCCUUGCUGAUUUUCAGAUUUUAUUCAUUCAAAGCUUAAACAGGCACGUAGAGAAGAUUAGAAACAUUUAUUUCUCCAAAGUCAAUACAAUUUUUUGAUUCAUACAUCUUAAAAAGCACGAAUAGCAGCCAAUAUCCAAUGUGCACAAGUUUGAAAACAAUUCAUCUAUAAACUGUCUGGGAUUCUACUGUCUAUUAAACGCAGAUCUCUAGUUCAUUUUUUUAGAUUUACAUUUUAAAAAUAAGAAAGUUCAUCAAGCAAGCUUUCCAAUUUUGCAUGACCUCAGUCAGAACUGAAACCAAGUCCCUGAAUAGGCUUAUAGCGCUUAGCCUUGCUGAAAAUACCGCUCGACCCAAUCUGAAGGUCCACUCUCUAUUUAAGGUCCCGGCAGGCUUGUCUGAGCUUGCCGCUGGAACCGCUCGAUUGGUUGCCUCGAGGGCAGUAUUUCGAGUCGCAGCAGGAAGUAGAUUUGAUCCUCUUGAGCGCCCAUGGCUUGCAGAAAGCUGACAGAAAAAACAGCGGCUCCACCCUGAGAGAAGCCUGCCUGCGUUUAGCUCCUCGGGCUACAGAAUCCUUCAGCGACGGCAGAAGCUGCGGUGCACACGCGCUGCAAAAUAUCAGUUUAGAUAUUUAUGUCCAGUGCCAAGUCUUGGGUUAACGUGUGCUGUCGUGUCACCUUUUUAUUUUUUUGCUUUAUGCAUCGAUUUGAGCAAGCUCAUUCUUUACUCCACGCAUCCUGAAGCUGUUUACGUGGUCGUCUCUGAAGAAGGAGAAUAAAUUCCGUUGAUUUACCCAUGAGCACAUUAAACCGCAAACUCCUGUAUAUCGCCACUGUGUGUUCAAAAUCAAGUGCAUUUGCGAAAAACUGUAUAAAAUAUUUAAUUUCAAUAAAAAUGUAAUAAAUCUCAAGGCGAUAUUGUAACAAGAACGGUUCCCUGGUGUUGGUUCAUCCACCAGCCUCUUCAUAAAUAAAUGCGCUGACACAAGGGCUUCUAAAGAAGCCAGAGCCCGAGUUUAUUGUUCUCAUUCUUGCUCGGUUGUUGUGUGUGCUGCGGUAGGGUCAUGCUGCUCAGGGUUUUCAUUUCGCACACUGACUUUUUCACCUUUCGCGGCGCGGGCGCUCGGCGUGACGCGAGGAAAGAGAAACGCUAGCUCGCGCCAGCCCCGGAGCCGCGAGACCCAGCAGGUCACGUCAGAGCCACUUUGUUUGCAGCGUUUUAGGUCAACCAAAAAGAGCAUUUCGCACCCUGAGGGUUUAACAUUUUAACUCUUUUAACUCAAUGUAAGGGAAAAAAACCGGUAUGUUUGGUUUUAGCUCACUGUUUGAAAUGUAAUAUAUUGAAAAUAUGUUACUGAAGUGUGUCAAAACCUAGUCUGAAAUGGCCUACUUCUCUCUGAAAGAGGAUGUGGCGUUCAGCCCCGCCAAGGACAGUUUGAACGUCACCCGCUUUGUUCACUCUUGAGGCUCCUGUAAGUGGAAUGACAAGGCCAAGCCAAAGCUAAUGAAAAGUAAGAACGUCGUGCCAGAUAUUCGGGGGUUUUGGCAGCUCUCUCUUGUAUUGUGAUUCUCCCAAAAUGUUUUUCAAAAACAGGACACUCUGUAACUGGCCAGUAAAACAGUUUUUAUUGUUUUGACUGGGUACAUUAGAUUUGAAAUCAAACAGUAAGUUGAAGUGCAGAAUGUUGGCUGGAUCUAGGCAGAUAAAUACGCUUGCAGUCACGACAUCAGUGAAGACAGGUGAGCGAUGCGUGUCUACGUGUGUGUACUUUGUGAUUCUGUGCUGGCCCUUUCCCUACUUUCCAGUACUCUGGUGCAGGGAGAUUUUCAUGGCAUCUGUCCAUAAGACCUUGUCAUGGCACUCCAAGCUUUUUUUUUUCUUAACUUUUCAGCAAUUGCAUGUUUCAGCAAGUGUACUGUGUUGAGUAUGAAGGAUGCAAUAAACUGCAGAGCUAAAGUUUUAA